GUGAAUUAGAAAUUAGGUCAUGAGAUAUCUGUAUCUUUUAUCACGCACGCCGCUUCUGUCUCUCUCACUCACUCCACUCCUCGCCUCUCUUCCCAAUUCACUCCGUUUCCGGUCUCACUCUCGACACAUACUCUCGCAUCUCGACCCUCCCCUUCGAAGUCCGACACAAAGCUCCGGUUGCCUCACCUCCGAAGUCCGACGCCUUGCCUCGUCUAACCUCCGAGGCUCCUACACAAAACUCCGGCUCGCCUAACCUCCGAGGCUCCAACACAAAGGCUCACCCUCUUCGCCUAUUUUUCUCUGAGAUCCCUCCGGCAUGCCUCAGAUUCUAAUGGAAGAUGGAUCGUCGACCUCUCAUGCUCCCGUUGGGUUCAUUGGUAUUCACUCUCCUACCCCCAUUGCCGUCGGGUCCCCCGGUAUGCAAUCUCCUACCCCCGAUGAGUCCCCUAUGAUGAAUUCUCCUACCGUAGAUGGGAUGAGCCCUAUCGAGACUACUCUGAAAGAGUUAGAUGACGCAAAUGAAACAACCACUAAAGUCGGAAGAACACGAGCUCUCAUUUGGGAUGAGUAUGAGGAGGCGAAAAUAGAAAUGUAUCACUUGGAGAAAAUGCAACGGUGUUUUAUGAUUUGGAUGAUGAGGAGAUUUGAUAAUGGGGUUUUGGUACCAUAUCGUGCAUUGGGAAGAUUCUAUUAUGGAUUGGUUGAUGUUGUUCGUCGACGGGAAGAUGGAUCGUCGACCUCUCAUGCUCCCGUUGGGUCCAUUGGUAUGCACUCUCCUACCCCCAUUGCCGUCGGGUUCCCCGGUAUGCAAUCUCCUACCCCCGAUGAGUCCCCUAUGAUGAAUUCUCCUACCAUAGAUGGGAUGAGCCCUAUCGAGACUACUGUGAAAGAGUUAGAUGACGCAAAUGAAACAACCACUAAAGCCGGAAGAACACGAGCUCCCAUUUGGGAUGAGUAUGAGGAGGCGAAAAUAGAAAUGUAUCACUUGGGGAAAAUGCAACGGUGUUUUAUGAUUCGGAUUAUGAGGAGAUUUGAUAAUGGGGUUUUGGUGCAUUGGGAAGAUUCUAUUAUGGAUUGUUUGAUGUUGUUCGUCGACGGGUUUUGUUGAAUUUAUAGAAAUGAUUGAUGUUGAAAAAACAAUGUAGUUUUUUUAAUUUUCGUGGUUUGGGUCGUUUGGCAUGUUCGGAAAUUUGCAUUUUGAUUAUUGUGUUAUUUGUUGGAUUGUUAUAAUUUAAAUUUUAAGAUUGUUCUUGAUUGCUUGUUAAG